AUGUAUGUAAGGCAAGUACGCCGCUGCUCAGGAUGGUUGCAGUCGUGCUAUGCAUUCGCCUCAAAUCUUCCUAUCCACCUGUGCCGUGGCUUCUCCUGCUCCAUGGGUGCAGGGGUGGGCAAUCGCAUAAUGGCGCUCAUCUCAGCCUUCUCCUACGCGCUGCUGACAAACCGCACGCUCAUCAUCCCACCCGACUCCUUCCUCUUCCGCUUCUUCUGCGAACCCUUCCCUGGCUCCUCCUGGACCAUCCCACUCGAUGCCUUCAACACCAUAUCCCAGACGGUGCACAGAUCGCCGGCACGCAACCGAGGAAUUGUCGAUGGAUGGGAUGGCCAUGACGUCAGCAUGCACAUGUCAUGGGAUUCUUGCUUAUCUUCCCACUCCCUGCUCUCCCCCCACCCACUGCUUAGCUCCAAGGCGGACACGUGGGGCAUGUUCUGUGAGGCGGAGCAGCAGGCGAUGGCAGCAGCACGCUUCGCCACGCUCUACACCGACUACUUCCUCGUGCCGCACUUCUACCUCGUGCCCAUGCUGCAGGUACAGCUUGACACCCUCUUUCCCGAUCGACGAGUCUUCACCCACCUUUCUCGGUACCUGCUGCACCCCGCCAACUACCUGUGGGAUCGCAUCACCCGCCUCUACCACGGGCACCUCGCCCACCACUCCCUCACCGUCGGCCUGCAGAUCCGCGCAUUCGAGGAGACAGAGGAGGAUUUGAUGGUGAACGUGUUUGAGUGCGCCACCAACAUCGCCAGAGUGCUGCCACCUGUCAUGCCCACCAACCAAUGGCGCGAAACCGCUACAUCUCACUCUGGUGUCAUGUCACUCAACCCCACGCACUCCCUCCAUGCCUCACUCCCCACCAAUGCACACCACACGCCCACACAGGUGACAGAGGAGGCAUUGCUGGGCAUGCGCGGGCGCAGCAUCGGCGCGUUGGUGGUGUCGCUCAACCCCACGCACGGCGCCAAGCUGCGCGACCGCUACAUGCUCGGCAAGCCACUAGACGGCUCCACCGUCUCCGUCUUCAGUGUGAGUGGCGAGGGCGAGGAGAAGCAGGACGACCUGCUGCAGUACGAGCUCGCCGUCACCGAGAUGUGGCUCCUCGCUUUCUGCGAUGUGCUGCUGGUGACGGACACGUCAACGUUUGGGUAUGUGGCGGCGGGGGUGGCGGGGGUGACGCCCUACACCAUGAACGUGGCCAAGUGGAAGCACACCGACUGGCGCUCCAACGGCCGCCUCGCCUGCAUGCUCGGCUCCUCCGAGCCCUGCUACGUGCACAAAGUGGAGGAGAGCGUUCUGUGUCCCGGAGAGCCAGAGAAGCGGCCGCUGGAGAACAUACCGCAGACGCGGGCGUGCCAUGCCACGGGCGUGGGGCUCACCACCAACCUGCCGCCGCUGCCGCUGCCGCUGCCGCUGCCCUCCCAGCAUGACGCCUUGGACGGCGCACAGCAGGCUCAUCCACGUGCCCCUGAUGGCCCUCUGGCUGCUGCUGCUGCUGCCACUGAUUCUGCUGCUGGCAUGGGUGCAGGGUUAGCAACAGCAGAGCAGGGAGGGCGAGAGGGGGAAGGGCGGGGUGAGCAGCGGGAAGGGGAGCAGGGAGCAGGGGGUGCAGCGGAUGGUGACCCCUAUUAUCUGGAUGAGGAGCAGACCUGA